UGAGAGUUCCAUGCGAGUUCGUACACACAUAAAUAUUGCUAAUUCUAGUUGUAUGCGUCAUUGUUGAUUGAAUAAAAGUCGGCGUCUGUCGGUCUGUCGUAGUUUCUCAAGUAUCUUAUCAAUUACGUGUAGUGUGUGCUGUGUUUAACCUAAAAUAUACGUAAAAUCAAACAUGGAUCAAAAUAAUGAAGAGAAUAGAGCUUCAAUAGCUGGUGCCCUCACUUUUCCUGCCCGAAAUGAACAGUCAGUGAUCCCACAACCGCGGCAGCCCAGAAACUUGCAGGGUCUGCUGCGGUUUGCAAUGGAAGCCACUAAGGCUGAAGAUGCCCCUGGUAAUUCACAGUUUGGACCAAUGGAUGAAGAAAGGCGUAAAUUCCUAGAGGAAGCCCUAAAAAGCAUCACAGUGAACGUAGCGGAGGUGCUCCAGAACGGUAUCAAGGUGCUCACAGACUCGGAGAAGAUGAAGAGCAUCCAGCUUGGUGAGAGCCUGCCUGAGGAAGUGGAUGUGGCGUUCAAUAAUGUGCUCGAGUAUAUUGAUGAUAUUGAUGUGGCUAAUGACUUCUACAAAAUGGGCGGAUUUGCGAUGUUUCCAAUUUGCUACAGUAGCGAGAAUGAAGAAGUACGCUCUCGAGCAAGUCAAAUACUCACAGAAUUAUGCCAGAACAAUCCCUUCUGCCAAGCGAGAGCAUUGGAGUGUGGUCUCCUGAAUGUGGUACUGCACUUGGCGUCCACAGAGCGCGGCCAAGUACUGGCCAAGUGUGUGUCAGCUAUAUCGGCGGCCACCCGUGAAUUCGAGCCCGCAUGCCGGGAACUAACAGCGCAAGGUGGGUGCGAGACACUCACCCACCUGCUGGGCUCGGACUGCGCCCCAGCGGCCAAGACCAGGGCAGCCUUCCUCGUCACGUACCUGUGCCAACACUACCCGGACGCUAGAGAAAAAUUCAUAGAACUCAACUUAGCGCGUACGAUAGCUGAACAAAUCAAAACUGGACGAGACAACACAACAGAACACCUUUUGAGCAUUCUACAUUCCCUUCUAGAAGAUUCCAGAGUGAAACAGCAGUGUCAAGACCCAAGCUUAGAUCUGAAGAAUGUUCUAGAAGAACAUUUGAAACGACCGGAGUUGGAAGAAGAAUACAUAGAAGAGAAGCAGUACUGCAAGAAUAUAUUAAAGAUUUUGGAUGGUCUGCCACAAGUUGAACUUGUUAAUAAUGAAAUUGAUCGAUAAUUUUGUACUAUGGAGUUGGAAAAGGCGAUAUUAUUAAAGUACGGAACCAUCAAAAGUGCGAAAUUGAGCGUUUUUGAGGCUGGUGUCAAGAGAGGAAAUUUUUAAUUGUGUUGUUUCUUUGUAUAGACUAUGUGAUUCUCAUUUCGUUAUGGACAAAUAUGUAUAAAAAUCUAGACUAUUAUCUAGUUUAGUACUCAUUUUGAACACUUUUUAUGUCCAUAACAAUGUCCAUAACAAUGCAUUUACAAUAAAAUUGUGUUAUGAAUGACUACUACAGAAUCUUAUAAAAUUUUAUUGUAAGUAGUAUUUAUAAAUAAACAUGAUUAAUAUUGA